AUGGCGGACGAACCGACCUCUCUAUGGAUGUACAAUCCAUCCUUCCCGCUCGCCGUCCUCGCCACCGUUAUUUACGGCCUCGUCUUCUUCGCCAUCUUUUACUUGACCGUCAUCAAGCACCGCGCCUGGUUCUUCCUCUGUGUCGUGAUUGGCGCCGCCAUCGAAGUCGUCGGUUAUGGUCUCCGGUGUUACUCCGUCAAGAAGCCGACGUUGGUUGGCCCGAUGGCAGCCACGCUCUCUCUCGUCGUGAUCGCGCCCGUCUUUGUCGCAGCAGGGAAUUACCUCCUCAUCGGGCGGUUGAUCCGAGCCGUCCUCGACCACUCGAGAACCGGCCAUCGUGUCUUUGGUGUGCCUGGUCGGCUGAUCACGCGCAUCUUUGUCAUCCUCGAUGUCAUCACGUGUCUCAUCCAAGGCAACGGGUCCGGUAUUGCGAGCUCAGUGGAAUGGGUGGGCAAGACGGCGGACGUCGGCAUCUACAUCCUGCUCGGGGGACUCGGCCUGCAGGCCGUUGCUUUCAGUUUCUUCCUGUGCAUCUUCGCACGGUUUCACUACCUUGCUACGAAGAAGGGACUGGCGGAUGUGAACGCGCCGGUCGGAUGGCAGCGGGUUGUCGUUGCCGUCUAUGUAUCGUCGUUCUUGAUCCUGAUCCGUUGCAUCUACCGCGUGGCCGAGUUUGCAGAGGGCACAGAAGGUUACGCCUUCCGGCACGAGUGGCUGUUCUGGAUCUUUGAGGCGGUGCCCAUGCUCGUCGCCAUCGGCGUGUUUUGCGUCAUACACCCCAGUGCCUAUCUUGGCCGCGACGGGGCGCGAAGCAGGAUUCGCGAAAAGGUUCAAGUUGGAGAGCCAGAGGAAGCACCCACCGAGUUGUUUGAUACAUUACCUCAACGGCCGUCCAUGUCUUCGAGGCGACACGAGCAUUGGUAG